UGGAACGGGAAAACGUACAGAAAAGGACAUUCACCAGAUGGAUAAACCUACAUUUGGGAAAGUGCAAGCCUCCUCUGAAAGUGAGAGACUUAUUUAUUGAUAUACAAGAUGGCAAAAUCUUGAUGGCACUACUGGAAGUCCUGUCAGGACAAAAGCUGAUGCACGAAUACAAAUCUUCAACCCAUCGCAUUUUUCGUUUGAACAACAUAGCCAAAGCACUUAAGUUCUUGGAGGACAGUAAUGUAAAGCUUGUUAGCAUUGAUGCAGCGGAAAUAGCAGAUGGAAAUUCCUCUCUGGUGCUUGGACUAAUAUGGAAUAUAAUCCUGUUUUUUCAGAUUAAGGAGCUGACAGGCAACCUCAACAGGAACUCCUCCUCCUCCAGCCUGUCCUCCGGGCCCAGCGGUCCGGAGUCAGACACAUCCCACCCCAGCACUCCCAGUGUGGAGAGAAAUGUGUCCAUUACAGUGAAGGAUCAGCGGAAAGCCAUCAGAGCCCUUUUAAUCUGGGUGCAGAGGAAAACCAGAAAGUACGGUGUUGCAGUUCAGGACUUUGCCAGCAGUUGGAGGAGUGGCCUUGCUUUCUUAGCUGUCAUAAAAGCAAUAGACUCGACUCUGGUAGACAUGAAGCAAGCACUGGAGAAAUCAGCUCGAGAAAACUUGGAGGAUGCUUUCAGCAUAGCACAAAAUAAGCUGGGUGUUCCUCGGCUCCUAGAACCAGAAGAUAUCAUGGUGGAAUCACCUGAUGAACAGUCAAUUGUGACGUACGUGGCACAAUUUCUGGAGCACUUCCCGGAGCUGGAAGGGGAAGACUUUAUAGAUCCUGACAAGGAGCUUCCAAUUGAAUCCACGUACGUCCACAUCAAAGACACACCUUCAGAAAAGGAAGGCAAAAUCUUGAUUUUAAGGGAAAGUGAAGAAAACAUGUAUACUGUUAAUCAUGAAAGGAGUCAUCCUGCUCCUCCAAAGGUUCAUAUUGAUGAUGCACCUGAGAGAAUCCCAUCAGAAACCAUUCCUGAAAAAUGUAAUGGGAAAUCAAGUCAAGUGUCAGAUGAUGCACAGGAAACAUCUGAAGAGGAGCCUCAGAGGCCUACCUCACUUAACAUUACAGGAUCUGUCAGUUUUGAAUCUAGUUCCUCUUGGGAGGUUCUAAGUGAUAAAUUCGUGCCAGGUGAAGGAGGCAUAUCUGAUGAUCCACUGAAACAGAAUGAUGACCUUUCUCCAGCUGUUCUGACAGAUCAGAAAAAUUCUGUCAACUCUUUUGAAGACUACUCUGAAGAAUUAACUAAAGAAUCCUCUACUGAAUAUGACAAUGAAACUAAGAGCUUUUCAGCCAAUACUUCUUCUUUGAGUCCAUUAUCCUGGACUUCAGGCAUACUUACAGAUGAAUCUAUAAAUAGAGUAGAAGAGAGCAAACCCCAAACUCCAAUUCUUUUACCAGAAGAUACCUCAAAACAAGAUGACACACAUAAGUAUGUUCUUCAUCUGCUGAACGAGGAAAUACUGAAACUUCCAGAAAAUGAACAUACAAAGCAAUCACCUGUCUUUGAGGCAACAGAAACUAAUCAUUGUUCACUGAAUGGUUCUAAUCUCAAAAGCCAAGAACCAUCUACACAGCAUGAAACAUAUGAUGACUCUCUCUCAUAUGUAUCUAGAAAUCCAGAGGACCCAGACAGCUGUGAUGAAUUUGAGUCUUCAGUUGAAGUGCUCUCCAGUUCUUCGAAAGUAUCUGUAAUACCCCAUGAUCUCUUUUAUUACCCACAUUAUAAUGUUCCCAUAUCAGCAGUUUUGGAUGCUUACCUUGAGCCUUGUAUUGAAGGUUAUGAUACUGGAAAUGACAAAGCUUCUUCUGAAACAGUAAUGGAUGUUUUACAUGUGAAGGGCUUACCAGAACAGAACUACAAGGAAGAUGCUCCAGAGCCAGACUUAGGGAAUAAGCUAGGUGUCCCUCCAUCAGAAAUGGAUACUGAGAAUGGGGAGGAGGAAACAACAGAUAUUAACAGUCACAUGAAUUCUUCCGAUGAAAAAGAAGUGCCAUUACUAGUAGGAGAAGAGUUAGAAAUUGAAAAAGAUGGCAAAAAGGCCACCAACUAUCAAGAUUCCACCAUUCCACAACAUCCUGAGCAGGCCAUAGUAGAACAUCUAGAGGAUUUAUCAAUAGCCAUAAAGACACCAGAAAACAGUAGUAAUAGGGAGGAAGAAGGGAAAAAUAUCAUAAAAGCAGAAGACCUGCAGAUCUCAGAAGUUGCCACUACUGCUCUGUCAGAAGAUAAACUGGAAGCAAUUGCUGAUUGUCAGGAAUUUAUCAGAACCAGUGACAGCGAUUCCAACAUUUACCUCCGAAAAAAAUCUCCUAAUACUUCUGAGGAGGAAACCUAUGGUGUAAAUGAGCAGAAGAUGACAGAUAAGAGUGAAAAUCCAUUAAUCAUCAGGACGAAAAAAGACUUAGAAGCAAGUGAGACUCCAGCAUCAACUCAUGAGAUUACGACUGUUGAGCAGCCAGAACUAUUCUACUUCAUCAUUUUCUUCUGGGUCCUUGUCUACUGCCUUUUACUCCUUCCACAGCUUCUUAGCAAGAAAGUUUGA